AUGUAUGUUGAUUUUAAGAUUAAAGUUGUAAAGACUAAGGAUCGAAAGCCCACAUACCAUCUCUUGAUCUCUGACGAUAGUCAAGAUCACAAAGAUGAUACUGUGAAUCAUAAAUUUUAUGAUUACUUGACUUUGGAUCCGCAAACGGAAGCCAGGUGGCUCGAGGAUUUACCCGAUGGCGUCAUUGGACAAUUUUGGUAUGACGAACAUUGGAAGACUAAUGUACACGAGGCUAAUCCAUAUGUACGAGAUGGUGGCUGGAAGUUUCACCGAUUCAAACAUGAUAAGCAUACUGCCGACACGGAACAAACGUUAGCAGAAGUAUGGAAUAGGAUUCUCAAUGCUGUACCACGAGACAUGUUGGAAGAUCGGGUUAAUGUUAUAAGGGAUAACUGGAAGCGACGGCAGUCUAACAAACCUGGUGGUCUACGAGCACCAUCAACUCCCCUCUUACAAACCCCUACUGCCACGCAGACCAGCUACUUUCUGGAUACCGGUCCGUCAUCGCAUUCUGAUCACGGUCAACUCGUUUCGCCGUCAGAAUCUCUUCAACCGCCGCCACACGAUUCGCGUCAACCUUUGGCCCUGCGUCAAGAUAAUUCCGACAGUAGUGAACCAUCAGAGACCCUAGAGUCAUCUCGACGGCCUCAACAAAUUCUAUCGACAAUAACAUCUGAAAAUAACGAAUUAUUCUCGGAAGAACGAUUUACAUCAUUCAAUUCAAGUAUCGAGUCGCUGGAACGACAAAUAACUCCUGAAAAUGAUCAUUUUGAAGAUUCAAGUAGCAUGAUCCAAAAAUCUGGUUCCGGUUCACCCGCAGAAUCGCAGAAAAAGAAUGUCAGCGUCACAUCUUUUCCGUCUUUUGAAUGUUCGGUACCAUUAGGUCACCAAAAUGGUCAUCAAGAUCGACAAGUUGACCCCUCGACUACCAAGCAAUCGCGAUCUGUCGAAUUUCAUAAAAGCAAUUCAUUCUCACAAGAGCAGCUGGUCCCUGCAAUAUCUUUUGAACUGCGAUCAAGUCAGCAUUUAUCAUCAUCACAAGGACGAAAUAGUUCUUAUGAAAUGCGGGAUUCGACUGAAAAGAAAGAAAUCUUCGGUAGCCACUCGCCAAAUGAAAAUAUCACUACUCCACCAUCACAACUUGACCGCUGUCGUGAGACAUUCCAAAAACAACCUUUAUUGGAUAUAAACGAAUCUCAGGAACAUCUUAAUUCUCACGAAAUCCGAGAUUAUGAAAAGAAGGAAGUCACUGUCAAUCGUCAGCCAGACGAGAAUAGCAAUUUUUCAUUUAAGAC